UUCAGUUGCGUUCUUUCUUUCGGUUUAAUUAGACGUUUCAUUUGUGUUUGCUACAAUUCGUUCGCACGUCCGCAUGUUCUUAAUAUAUACAUAUUCAAGUAGUAAUAUGUAGUAGCAAUCGCAUAUAUGUACAACACAUGCAUAUAUGAAAAAUCGUAUGUACGCCGUGUUUUUGUUUUUGUUGCAUUCGAAUACAUUGUCCGCAAAUCAUUAAAGUAGAAUUUUUCAAAAACAAAAAAAAAAACAAUACUUAUGAUUUCGUGUCGGUCGCGUUUUUAUGAUUGUUCAGUGUAAAUGUCUUUGUUUUUAUGAGAUUGCCCAAAAAUUUUAUUGCUUGGCAAUUUUGAAUUUCAUCUGCUGAAUGAUGCCGCUGGCCGUUGGCGGCUAAAAGUGUGUGCGGGCAGAGAGUUGUCGCUCAAAAUCAUACCAAUUAAUAUACAUACAUACAUAUACUAUGUAUGAAUGAAACGUGGAAAAGCGCGUGGAAAGUGUUGGUGAAAAACAAAAAUUAAAGUUUGUGAAAAAAAGUAAAAAAUAAAAUUUUAUAAAAAUAACACAGCUGCAUGCUGUAUGGAUGGACUCAACGUCGUCGCACAAGUGAAACACAAAUAUCGUAAAUAAAUACACACAUACACAUGACUGUUUGCAACUGUUUGUGCAAAGGGUUUGCCAGCGUGACGUCUUUUCUGUUUACAUAGCAGCGCACUUAUCAGCACAAACCGGAACCCAAGUCGUCGAUAAGAUGGAUAUAAACGCUACCAAUGUGAUUAGUCAAAUAUAAACCAAAGAAGACUGAACAAAAAAAAAAAAAAACAAAUAUAAAAAGAUAAACAAAACAAAUAGAACACUGAUAAAGUCAAACUAAAAGAAAACAACAGCAAUACGACAUACUUAAAACUACCAAAAAAUUACAAAAAAGUAUAGAAAAAAUACAAAAUUGAAAAAUUACAACAUUAGUACCGUUUACAGACUUGCAACGUUACUGUAAAUACACAACAAAAACGUAGUACGUAACUACCAAAUUACAAUAACAACCAAAAAAGUAAAAAAGUAACGAAACCAAAAAUUAGUCUAAAACAACCAAACGAACAAACAAAAAUAUUUUUCAAAAAUAAAAGAAGAAGCAGCAGCAGCACCAAAAAUAUAUAGACAAUCAACAAUAAAUCACUAAAAAUGUCGGGCAUAUUUCGUACGCAUUCAUUGAACAGCACCAGUCAUUCAACGCCGCAGAAACGCUACUCCUUUGGCGCUUUUUGCACGAGUCCGAGCACACUGAAGGAUGUAACAAUGGAGCAUUCAUAUGGUGUUGGUUUUCCAUGUGUCAGCCUACAGGGUCAAGGCACGACCUCACCGCCGGUACGGGGUCGCUCUGUGCGUGAAUUCGAAGAGCAAAUGGCAUCGCUGCACAAGGAGAAUUUUAAUUUAAAGCUGCGUUUAUAUUUUCUCGAGGAAAGUGUGCCUGGUUAUCAUCAAGCGAAUGCCGAUGGUCAUGAAUCGCUUAUGAAGCAGCUGAUUGAAACAAAGGUUGAGAUUGAAAUUUUACGUAAGGAACUCGAGCAGAAACAGGAGUUACUAAAGGAAGCUGCACAGGCCAUGAAUCACAUGGAGGAGAUACAGAAAGAAACUGAGACAAAGGGGCAGGCUUUUAUUGAGGAACUCAAGCAGAAGAUACAGUUUUUGGAAAUGGAACGCGAUUUGGAUAAGACUCAUCAAAGCGGUUUUAUGAAUGAUUUGCUGGGACAUUCAGAGAUUUCGGAAAAUGUCAAUACUUUACAAAAAAUACGUGAACUCGAGGGCAUGGUCACACAGUCCGAGGAUAAAAUAAAAUCAAUGCAGACACAAAAUAACAAAUUCGAAGAACUUAUUGCGAAGCGUGAUGAGACAAUCAAGGAAUAUGAGGAGAAAGUGAAGGAAUUGGCUUUCCAAAAUGCUGAACUCUUGGAAAUGAUGGAAAACAAGGAAAAGGAUAUGGCCAAUGUUGAGCGCGAAUUGAAGGAAAAGAAGAUCGCAUUGGCUGAUAAACUCUGUGAGUUGGACGAUACUCAACAGGAGUUGCAGAAGCUGCGCAAGAGCUAUGACACCGCUUGUCGUACGCUGCAACAGCUGUUGCAACGCGAGAAGAAUCAACAACAAGAUGGCGGCGUCAAUCGUGCGUUGAGCGACUCAGAGGCGCUGCAACAACAUUUGCAGAAAUGCGAACAUGAAAAUACGAUUAAGAAUCUGGAAGCCGAAGUCAAGAAGAAGACUGCUGCCUUGCAGAAUCUCGUCAACAAUGAACUUUGGCAAAAGAAUCGCGAAAUUGAGCGCCUCACAAAACUGGUGAAUGCCAAUACAACAUCACCACUCUCGCCAACUGCCGCGCGCAAGAAUCUCGAGUCCCUGCAAUUGCAACAAUCUUUCACAGAAAGUGAUUACGCCAAAGCCAUGGAGCACAAUAAACUACUGCAACGUAAAGUGGAUGUUUUGAAUCAGCGUUUGCUCAGUGGACGUAGCAAUGAGGCGCUGAUCGAAGAAUUGCGUCAGGAAGCGCGCACAGCACGCGCUGAAGCCGACAAUGCAGAAACCUGCCGACACGCUUAUGCUAAAGUGUUCGGCGCGCUAUCGGAUCGACUCUACGAGUUGGCCGGUUUCCUCAACUCGCUCAUGAAGCACAAGGAGGUUUUGAGCUUCCUGUCAACAGAUCGACGACGUGCCAUGCGCACAGCUGUCGACUGCAGUCUCGACUUGUCGACCAGCAUACGUGAGACGCUGACCACAGGCGAUCAAAGCUUUGAAGGUUUAAGUAAUUUAUCGCGGCUGCUGUUGGAUGAAGACGAGCUGGAAGUUGGACUCGCCAAUAAGACGUUCAAUUCGCAUGAACACCUGCGUGCCCGUCACUCUUUCGAUGUUUUGCGCUCGGAGAAUAAGGCAUUGCGUAAGAUAUUGGAUAGUCGCCGCAGCUGUGGCGGCACUGCGGACUACGCCAAAGAUGCCAAAGACCGACGUUCAUUGCCGCCAUUUUUGUUGGAUAAUCUGAGUGAGUCGGAAGCGUGGUCAGAGCCAGAUCGGCAAGUGUCGAUGGCGCGCAUUGGACUCGAAGAGCAUGCGGCGGCUGCAGCUGCAAAUGUCUCCGCGACCGCGAAGGACGCGAUAAGCAAGCAAACAGCGCCUUCAGCCGACACCGACAGCGAGAGCGAAAGUGAUGCGCUGCAGCAGAGCCGUACAACAAAAUUACGCAAUCAGGAGCGCAUUGUACAGCUGGAGAAGCUGAUUGCACAGCGCGAUGAGCGCAUUCUGAUGGUCCAAUUCCAGCUGGUCGAGGCUGAUAAUAAUUUGAAGAAGGAGUCGCUACGUGCCAUAUCGCUGACGCAAGAAGUAGAACAGUUGCGUCAACGCAACGAAGAGUUAAUAACCGACCUCAUUGCGAUCGGCAGUGAGCAGUCAAGGGACAGCACCGCUGCCACGAACACCACGCUGCACAACAAAUCGGUAAUUCAACGACAGAUCGACGAAAAAACACGCGCCGUCGAACAAUUGCAGGAGGAGCGCGAUCGCAUCGCUGUGGAGGCGCGUCUCGCCGAAGUGCAAGUGGGCGCGCUGAAGGCCGAUAUCGAGGAUAUCAAGCAGAAAUAUGAAAUACAAUUGAAGUUAGCCAACGAUAAAGAGCGUCAGCGCUUGGAUACGCUUAAGCGUGAAUUGGAGGAGCUCAUGCAGCAACGCCUAAAGGAGCAAGAGCGCAUACACAAGGACACGUUGGCGCGUGAAUGGAUUGCGCGCACCACCUACGAAGAAUGCAAAGCGCACCUAACCGAGCUGCAAACACAAUACGUUGAAGCACAACGCACCAUCGACUAUCUGACCGACAACGAGCAGGAUCUCAAACAAACGCUGAUCACUAGCGAAAUGGAAGUGCGUAGUCUCAAAAAGCAAUUGGACGACAGCGUGCUACAGGCAUCCAAGUUCGUUGGCGAACGCACAAAACUAUACAAUGAGAAAUUACAGCUGGAGAAACGCGUAAUGGAUCUGCAACAACAGCUGAGCAACGCUGAAAUACAGCAUACAACAACAAUACAACGUGUCACAGAGCUUGAGGCGCUGCAACAAACAUUAACCGAGCAAUUGUUGCAAGCGCAAACCGCCUUGGCAACUAAACGUCUCAACGCCAGCGAUGCCUCACAAUCGGGUUAUGCUUCGGACGAAGUGCAGAAGUCGAGUACGAAACGCGAAAGCAAUUCGUCACCCGAUUUGGGUAUACACAGCGAUACGGGACGUGUGUCCAGUGUGGAAUUGUCUAAUCUGCAACACUCGCUGCUAAAGACUGUGCCCCUGCCGAGCGGUGGUGAGAAGGUCAGCAAGGAAGAAAUCAAAUACAGCCUGCAAGAUAAGAGCAACAUGAAUGCACUAGUGAGCAAGCGUGCACAGCACAGCUCAUCCUCUGAUCUGGGUAUUGAGAGCGAUACGGGACGCAUGUCUAGCAUGGAUAUCAAAAAUGAAUCCCCAACCCGUACGGACACGGAUGACAGCAACACCGAGAACAAGAUGAGUGUGGCGAAUGUGAAUACGAGUGCUACCGCCACCGUCGCCGCUGGCACCCAUCCCAUACACGACUGCAUUAAGGUAGAACAAGAAAAUGCCGAAUUGCGACGCAAACUCGUACAGACGAAGCGCGCAUUCGAAGAGACAUAUAAGAAAUUGCACAUUGCCAAUCAGCGUAAAGAAACCUUCCAGAAAGAGAUUAAAGAUCAAAUAGUAAAAACGAAAAAUGUACUAAAAUAUGCGCGCUUACAUAUGUCGAAAGUGCAGCAACCUAAUGUCGCACAACAAGAACAACAACAUCAUCAUCAUCAUCAAAUAGAAGCACUUGAGCAAGAAACACCACAACAACAAAACAAACAUCAGCAACAGCAACACCAACAACGUAACGUAACAAAUGUUGAUGGCGCUAGCACGUCCAAAUCAAGUAGUGAUGCACGACAUUAAUGUGUUGUUGUUAUUGUUUUUGGCUAGUCUAAUGUUUGUCUAAUGCACAAACACACAGAGAGAGAUUACUAAACUAAAUUAGCGCGCAAAAUGAAUAUAUCUUAAGUGAUAUGUACAAUAACAAAAAAAAGCACAUGCAAACAAUUAAUUGCAAUUGCACCCACAUCACAUUAACCACACGCACACACACGCACACAUAUUUACUUUACUUAUAUGCUAAUUUAGACAAAUAUUAGUUUUUAUUUACCACCUAUUUGCUUAGUUUAUAAGCUCAUUUUUUAGAUUUUAAGCAAUUUACCCUUACUAUACUAUAUUCAAUAGAUAAAGACAAUUAUUUUUUGUUAUUGUUUUUUUUGUUUUCACUUUUGCUAUUCAGCCCUAUUCACAAUGUAUGUAUUUAUUAGAAUUUGUUGUAUGUUUGUAUACAUGGUAUUCGCGCAUAAUUUUAAUUAAUUUAAGUAUUUUACUUCAUAUUUCCAUUUGUAACACAUACACGCUCUUACAUAUAUACACCUAGUUAUAUUAAUUAAAUGUCCACAAAAGUUAGUUUAUAUUUGUAAUAUUAUUUUUAGUAUAUAUUUUUCCUUAAUUGAUUUAAGUUUUCGAAUUAAUUUUAUAAUAAUAAUUAAUGUAAUUUGCCUGUUCGCGAGCUUUGCAAUUUUUUGCUCAAAAAAUUAUUUUAUUUAAUAAAAAAAUUAUAACUGUUUUUGAAACAUUUUGGUCUUUAAGUGAAUGAAGCCUAGUAAUGUUUAGAAAAAUUAUUAUUUUUUAUAUUAUUAUUAUUUUUUUUUUUUUGAUAAAAAAUUGCGUAUGCUUACAAAACAUAUCUUUUUUUUUAUUAAAUAUUUUCUUUAUAAAAAUCUAAAAACUAGGAAAAAAUUAAUCGUUUUCUUCAUACGAAACUAAAAACCAGAAAAAACAGUUUCGAUACUUCGCAGUUUUGCAGUUUUAGUUACAAAUCCUAACGUGUGCCAUUUUCACCGUUAACACAAAAAUAACGGGCCAUAUUUUUUAAGCACUUAUAAAAAUAAUUUGCAAAAAUAGACAAAAAUGAAUAAUAAUAUUAUACACAAAAAAUAUAUAUUAAAACAAGUUCAUUUACUAAAAAUAUUCAUCGAAAACACACCUCAUUUCCAAUGCCAUUAAUUUAGUCUUGUUAAUUAGCAUGUACUCUGUCAUGCAUACUUCACAUAUGAAUAUAAUAGUAAUUUUAAUAUGUUAGUGUUUAAAACUAAAUUUUUAAGUAUGUUAAUAAACCCUGCUAAAAGACUUAAAUACUAAAUAAAAGAUAUAUCUUUAUAUGGAAAAACUUAAUUUGAAGCAAAUUUUAUUUUAACAAUUUUUAGUUUUAUUUUAUUUAAUUUUUUUUAUUCUUUAUUUUUAUUAAUAUAAUAAUUAUAUUAAUUUAUUUUGAUUAUAAUUUUUGAUUAUUAUAAUUAUAUUAAUUUUUAUUAAAUUUUUUUAAGCAUAAUUAUUUUUUUGAAAUAUCUUUUCCGGAUUUUAUAUAUUUUUAAUUUUUUAUUCAUCAAUUAAUUAUUUUAUUGUUAUUUAUAUCUCUUAUGACUUGUUAUUUUUGUUUAUUAUAUUUUAUUUACAAUAAUUAAUUAAUUUAUAAACAAUUGAGCAUACAAAAUUAUUUUUUUUAUUUCAUAUUUUUAUUAUUUAAACAUUUUAUAUUUUUUAUCAAUUAACCACAAAUUCUCUUUUACUUUUCUUGCAUGUUUUUUUAUUACUUAUUUAUUUUUUUAUAGUAAAUAUUUUAUUUUUACUCGAUUAAUUCUUAUGCAGGCAUAAUAAUAUGUGAAUGUGAAGAAACCCCAGAAUGUUGCUAACAAACUCUUUUCAAGCAUUUUAUAAAUAAUUUAUGUAAAAAGCCUGUUCGAUAAACUCACUAACAGCUCUGCAGAUAGCUACUAUCAUGUAAAUAAAUGCUGAAAUACAAAAAUUUAAAUUAUUAAAUCAGUUAAUAAAAAUCAGCGUUUAGUAGUUUUAUAACAAAAACAACAACAAUUUAACUUGACUCACAAAUUUAAUCUGCCAAAAGUUUAACAACCGAGUCCAUUGGAACUAAAGAAAUUGCAAAACUUCAGUUGUGCACUCAUCAACAAUGUUGCCAGCCACAUGUUUCUAGACUCAUAUAUGUUUAUUUUUAAUGCGUGCUACUAUCAGCUCUUUAAAGUAUUUACGAUUUAUUAACCAUUAUUAACCUUUUUAAUUAAUACUGAA